AUGCCCGCCGCCGACUUUGACGCCGCCGCCUUCGGCGAGUCGCACAUCACCAAGGGCAUCGGUCGCCUCACCACCCAUGUCUUUGAAGACGGCAAGGGCAGCUGGAUCACCACGGACAAGGGAGUCAAGCUGCUCGACAUGACUUCGGGGAUUGGCGUGUGCAACUUGGGCCACUGCCACCCGAAGGUCACCGAGGCUGCCGCCAAACAGUGCGGCAAGAUCACGCAUGCGCAGGUCAACAUCGGCUUUUCGGCAACGCAGAUCGAGCUCAUCCAGAACUUGUUGCCCAUCCUACCGCACGCUUCGCUCGAUACCGUGUUCUUCUGGAACUCGGGCGCUGAGGCUGUCGAGGCUGCGGUGAAGCUCGCGCGCGCAGCGACCAAGAAGCAGAACAUCAUCGUCAUGCAGGGGUCAUACCAUGGUCGAACCGCCGCCACCGCUGCCAUGACACGAAGCAAGACCAUCUACGGUGAGGGACACGGGCCCUUGAUGCCCGGUGUCUUUGCGACGUCGUUCCCGUUCUACUCGCACUUUGGCCUGCCGGUAGACACGGAUGUCGAAGAGCUGGUGCGCCAGUCGCUCCACCAAGUGCGCCUCACGCUGCAGCAGCAAACCGCCCCCUCGGACACUGCCGCCAUCGUCAUCGAACCCGUCAUCGGCGAAGGAGGCUACGUGCCCGCACCCGCCUCGUUCCUGCACGGCCUGCGCCAGAUUUGCGACGAAAACAACCUGCUGCUCAUCUGCGACGAGGUGCAGUCCGGCUUUGGUCGAACGGGCACCAUGUUUGCCGUCGAGCAGUCGGGCGUUCGUCCGGACGUGCUGAUCUUUGCCAAGGGCAUUGCCAACGGGUUCCCGCUGAGCGGGAUUGCUUCGACGAACGAGUUGAUGUCGAGGCAGAAGCCGGGUUCGAUGGGCGGCACGUAUGCGGGUAAUGCCGUGGCGUGCGCUGCGGCGUCGGCGGUGAUCAAGGCGUUCAAGGAGGAGCGCGUGCUGGACAAUGUCGCGAAACGGUCCGAGCAGCUUGUGUCGUUCCUCCAGCAGCUCAAGGAGGAGUCCAAGUACGGACACCUGAUCGAAGAUGUGCGUGGGCGCGGUCUCAUGAUUGGUGUCCAGUUCGCCAGUACGCCGACGACCAACGCCGGCAGCCAGAACACGGCAGCUGCGGCUGGUGGACCGAAGCCGCAGCUGGCACCCAAAGUGGUGGGAGAGUGUCUGAAGCGCAACAUGCUACUGUUGAGCACGUCGGUGUUUGACGUGCUGCGGUUCAUUCCGCCGCUGACGAUCAGCGAGGACGAGAUGGCCCAGGCCUGCGGGAUUUUCAAGGAGGCGUUUGAGGCUGCGGCUAAAGAGGCUGGGUACUGA